AUGAUGUACAACUUACUUUCGUUAACAUUUAUCUUGCAAAUCAUUGCUGCCGCUCCUUUACCUAGAGUCAUAACUCGAAUGCACACUGCAAACCCCGUCACGGUUACAAAUACAUAUACUACUGGUACGACUACUGUGAAUUUGCCACCUGUGGAAAUUUUUAUUUCCAACGGUGUCACUUACACUUUUACGCUAACUGAUCAAGCAGUUGGCUCACCGACCACUACGACGUCAAUCUAUAACAAAGAUGUUGAAGCUACACAGACCACUGAAUCAUGCAACACCAAGGUUGUCGAAAAUAAUGCCGGAACUACCAACAACAAUAACGACGCAACAGAGGGUGCUUCAGGCACUUCCACAAGUUCUGUAACCUCCGCAGUCCCAAAUGUCUCAGGCACCGCAAAUAGCGUAACUAUUUCUCCAAGCAACUUUAAAAGUUCUUCUCAGACUUAUGUCCAAACUACGGCUGCUCAAUCAAGUGCUACGACGAAUGAUGAUAGUUCUAAUACUUCAACUGCACAAACUACUUCAGGAACAUCUUCGACAGGUAGUGAGGAAACCACUGCUUCUACAAGUGGUAUAAGUCUUCCUACCUCAGCUAACAGAAUCACUUCAGACUACGCCUCAUUGACAGCACCCGAUACUAUUGUUUAUUCGCCAUAUAAUGAUGAUGGAACAUGUAAAGUUGCUUCCAGUAUUAACAGCGACUUAGAAUACAUUUAUUCUAAAAAUAUUAAAAAAAUUAGAUUAUAUGGUGUGGACUGUAAUGUUUUGACAGCUGUUUUACCCCAAUGUUCAAAAUUAGGAAUAAAGGUUAAUCAAGGGUUAUGGAUUUCUAGUGAUGGAAUUGAUUCCAUUGACGAUUCGUUGAGCGAUUUAGUGGAUUAUAUUAAAAGUGAAGGAUCAGAUGUUUUCAGUUUUAUUACAGUUGGAAACGAAGCUGUCAAUGCUGGAUAUGUAUCAGUCACUGACUUAAUAUCGAAGAUAUCGUCGGUCAAAUCUACAUUAAACAAAGCAGGAUAUAAUGGUGAUAUUACGACUUCGGAACCACCAAUCACAUUCAUAAAUUCACCUUCAUUGUGUACUUCAUCAGAUAUUGAUUUUGUUGGAAUUAAUCCCCAUUCUUAUUUUGACACAGAACUUACAGCUGACGAAGCUGGAACGUAUGUUGUACAACAACAAAAAGAAGUCAAAAGCUCUUGUGGGUCCAAAAAUGUCGUUAUUACAGAAACUGGAUACCCAAACAAAGGUGAUACGAAUGGAAAAAACGUUCCGUCGGCAGAUAACCAAAAGAAGGCAAUUGAAUCGAUUUUGCAAGAAACUAACGGAGAUAUUACAAUUUUAUCGACAUAUAACGAUUACUGGAAGGAGCCUGGACAAUAUGGAAUUGAACAAUAUUUCGGUGCCAUAACAUUAUUUGAUUAA